UUUACCCUCAAGAAAGUGCUACUAUACUAAAGCCUUAGCCAACGCCCCGCGCACUCACUCUUUCCUUUCGCAGUAACCGAGUCGCGCACUCGCAGGAAGUUCAUGAAGAAGCUGAAAGCUGCGUCAGAGUUCACGGAUUGAAUCAAUAACUACUCUUUCAUUUUCACGCUUUCAACGUUUCAACGUUCACUGUUUGCUGAUACGGACACUAGGCUUCCUAAGAAGGCGUUAUUUCAUAGGAAUAACUUACAUCUGCAGAAUGGCAGAAACUGAGGGGAGUCCGUUCGGAGGCUGUUUGGAGAAACUGAAGAAUUAUGUGCGAACUCGGAAAGGAACGAUACUGGCUGCUGAAAUACUCAUCAGCUUCAUCAUCCUUGUCUGUUACGCCGCAUCGAUGUAUGGAGGCUAUACAGCUGUCGCCAUCUGUGAGAUGGUCUUUGCCAUCAUCUUCUUCAUUGUCUACAUGAUGGAACUGGACAAACAGUUCCUGGUGGUCAACUGGCUCUGGAGCGAUCUGUUCCGCGCUGCAAUCGGUGCAGCGCUUUAUCUCAUCACCUCUCUCAUCUGUGUGAUCGGUGGAGCUGGGGACGGGGCUCGCAUCGCUGGUGGGGUGUUCGGUCUGCUGGCUGGGAUCUUGUUUGCUUAUGAUUCCUACACACUCUUCUUGGAAAUCAAGAGCAGCAGACAGCAUACAGCUGCUCCCACAGAUGACACAGUUUGAAAGCUACUUUCCUCACUACAACAUUAACAGCAAACCAAAACAUGGAGAACGAUUCUAAAAAUGGCAAAAGGAGGGACAUUCCUGAGAGUUAUCGCAAAGUUACCAUGACAGAUGAAGACCAGAGGAAUGCAAAAGGGUUGAAACCAUUGCACAGAAAAGAAGUGUAAGCACAAAAGGGAUUGAAAAGUGAACUGUAAGAUUAAUGAACAGCUGUUAAAGAAGCCACAAUAUAUGAAAGCUGUUGGCAUCCAAAGAUUCAUUACCGUCGUUUUGGUUAGGUGGCUUUUGUUACCACAAAUACUUUGUCAGAUUGGUUGGUUACUA